GCGUGACGUCAUCGGAAGGGAUCGCCAUGUUGGAUAAAGCGUUUGAACUGAUCGAGUUUAGAAAUCUUUGAAAUUUGGUUUGGGGUUUUAUGGAUACCUGAAGAACAACGAACAGAAUGCCAAAAGAAGAGGAGAAGGAGUACCUUAAGAUACUAGGAGUAGAUAAAUACUCAAAUGAUAAAGAUGAGUUCGAAAUCAAACGGGCAUAUAAGAGACUUGCGCUUCAAUUUCAUCCCGACAAGAACCAGAAUGACUUCUCGGCAAGAAAGCAGUUCGAUGAAGUUAGCAAAGCCUUCGAAUUUCUCACUCUAGAUUACAGAAACGAUUCACAUCGGCAAGAUUAUGAUCAGGUUUUCUUUGACUUUUUACGGGACAUAUUCGACUGGAAACAAGAUGCUGAAGGUGGCAGUACAAACAACUUUCUCAUGUACUUUUGUGGAUCAAAACAGCACCCUUGUUCCUCAGAUAUGGAUUUUGACUCAAGAUAUCAAGAUACUGAGGAAGAAGAAGACAUUGAUGGAGAAAGUGAAUUAGACAGUAUUAUGGAGAUAAUCAAGAAUCGCAAAAAGAAAGGCAAACCUGUCCCUGAAGAGUUCAAAGAGGAAAAUCUGCUGGAUAUGAAGACCAAGUUAAAUCAACAUAAAGAAGAUAUGAAGAGGGAUGCAUCAAAAAAGCAAUCAGGCAAGAAAGGAAAGACACCUGUUCCUGUUGCGAAGCCAAAGCCUAAGAGCAAGAAACAACUGCAAGCUGAGCAAAGACGAAGAGAAAAAGAAAUGGAGAAGAUUGCAAUGGAAUUGGAAGAGAAACGGAAAGAAGAAGAGGAGAAAGAGAAGCAAAGGAAACAGCUGGAGGUUGAAAAACAGAAACGAUUAGAAGAAGAGAGAAUAAAAGCACAGAAUGAAGAGAGGAAAAGGCGUGAAAGGGAACAAAAAGAACGUGAAAAACAACAGAAGCUUGAACAAGAGAAAGAAGAGAAAAGACGCCGGCAGCAGGAGGAGGAGAAAAAGCGGAGAGAAGAGGAAGAAAAACGGAGGAAAGCUGAAAAGGAAAAGGCUGACAAAGAGAAAGCAGCAAAGAAGGCUGCUCAACAGGCAGCAAAAGAAAAAGAAGAGAAAGAAAAAGCUGCAAAUAAAAAUCAGAACAUGAAGAGGCAACAGCAACAGCAGCGUACAGAUCAGCAACAAUACCCUAGAGAAAUACCACCAAGAUUUCAAAGGAAAAUGAAACAACAACAACAACAACAACAACAGCAACAGGCACAGUUUCAAGCACCUUCACAGCAACUACCACAGCAACAGUCACUUCCACAGCAGCCAAAGAUUCAACCAAAGCCUGCUCCUCCAGUUGGCAAGAAGAAGGAUCCAAAUCGUUUUGGGCCAAAGGAGUUUGCUGAUGCCAUAGAGCCUGUAGAUGAUUCAGGAUGGUCACAGUCAACUCCUGGCAAGGGCUCGGGCUGGGGUAAUUCACUGGAAACUUGGGAGGAUUCUGACAAAUGGGGCAGUGAGGACAGACAAUGGGGUGAUAAGGAAGGGACAUGGGAAAAACUUGUCGUUGAUGGGGGUGAUAAAGACACUUGGCCUGCUGUUGGAUCAAAGGGAGCAGUAGGCGAUAAGUUAAAGACUUCCUCAAGUGACGCUGGCUCUGAAAAGGGUCAGUAUUCUGCCAAUUCCUCACCAAAAACUUCUGUUUCUUCAAUGUCUGCUACACUUAAGUCAGAUAGCUCAGCUCAAGGAAAUGUUACUUCCAAUGUGGACAAAAAGUCAUUGCCUUCUAGUAACUGGCAAGGGGCUUAUCCAGCCCCGACUGAGAACUGGGAUGUUAUUGAUGAGUCUAUUGAUCAAGCUAUUGAUGCUGCUGAUGCAGCAACAGCUAAAGACAAUGCUGGACUAGCAGCAGGGUGGGGUGGAGUGGCUAAAGGGGGGUUGGGAGGGCUUAUAGGAAACAGUUCAAACUGGGAGCUAAAGGACUCUUCUUCAUCAGUACAUAGUCAGGAAUCUGGAAAGUGCGAGCUUGCGAACAAUUCAACUGCGUCUGAAGCUCCAAGCUGGAGCAAAACACCUGGAAAGGGAUUUAAGACCAAAUUACCAACAACAUCAACUGUUGGGACUAGUAACGUCACAACAUCAUGGGGAGGAACGCCUGCGGAGACCAAUACUAAAUGGACUGAACCCAACUCCAGUUCUGAUGGAGUGACAAACUCGAAGUCAAGUAAACCACCACUUUUGGAUUCUACUUCUGUUGCUAAAUCUGCUGCGGAAAAUAAAUCAGAACCGAGUAUAACACCAAACUCUAGCAGUAAACUGUCUGCGUCCGGCUGGGGUGAAGCGCCGCCAUCUAAUCCCUCCAACUGGAGCAAUUCUGCAGAUAUAACAGGUGCUGCGUGCUGGGACAGUGUUAUGUCAAAAUCAGAUUCCUCUGAACUUAAAGCUGCAAGUAACAGCAAAGUUUCUCAGUGGUUAGAAAGUACAGGAAUGUCAUUAGCAGAUUUUGAGUGGGGACAAGAACACAUGGAACAUGAAGAAGGAUCUGAGGGAUCACUUGAUGGGUGGACUACAGCAUCCAAAAGGAACAGGGCUCCUAAACCUGCUAAUGAUUCAAAUGCUUGGAUGAACAGAUCUCUUAAACAACUGCUAGACAUGGGCUUUAAGCAAGACGACGCGGAGAAAGCUCUCAAGGCAAAUCAUAUGAACAUCGAAAGUGCAAUAGGGGACCUCCUUGCUAUGAACAUCAGUGAAAGCAUGGAACAGACUGUACCUGUUCCAGGGGGAAAACUACAGGAACCUGACCCAGCAGAGGCAGCGAGGAUCCAACAACAACAGCAACAAAGUCAGAGUAAACUGAACAGGAAACAGCGAAGGAAACUUCAACAACAGCAGCAACAACAACAAGCUGAACAAAACACUCUUGCGUCAAAAACGGAUCCGAAACAAGGACAAACUGAACUCGUAGUCUCUAAGUCAAUGACUCAAACCAGCGAUACUCCUUCUAAACCAGAUAGUGAGCAACAGAAUAACACUUCAGAAACUCAAUAUGCAUCUAAGACGGAUGAAACACAACAGGACUCUAACUCAAAACCAAGUGCACCAGCAGCAAAAAGUGAUAAACCACCUUUGUCGGUAGCUGGGCCCUCGAAGCCCUCUAAUGGACAAGCUCAGUUGUCAGGAAAUGGUAAAAGAGCAGGCCCACCAUUAAUACCUCCUGCGCCAGGCCCUGGGGUACAGGCACCCUUGAGACCUCCUCUGGCACAUCCUUUACUUCACCCUCAGCUUGUUCAGCAGUUUCAUCUUCAGCAGCUACGGAUGGCUCAAGGAGGACUCCUUCAACCUCCCUUCACUCCUCAACAGUUCGCCAUGUUACAGCAGAUCGCUCAGCUUCAGCUCGUUCAGCAGCGUCUGGCUGCACAAUCUGUUGCCCAGCAACACAUGGGACAGAAACAACAAGUAGUUCCUCAACAGCAGCUGUAUCAACAGCAACAGCAGAUUGCGCUCAUGAUCGCUCAGAUGCAGCAACAAGUUCUACAGCAGCAGCCGGGCCUGGCAGGGAGACAUCCUGCUCUGCCGUUUACUGCAGUGCAGCAACAACAGCAGCAAUCACUCAUCCAGCAACAACAACAACAGCAGCAGUCGUCUCCUACUGCACAACAAAAAGGUAAUAAACCUGCAACGAAUGAGAAGCCAACGAGUGAGCCUGCACAGAAUAAGAUAACAGACACUGUUCAAUCUCAGCCAAAUGAACCUUCUAACGUUCCACCAGCAACAACGGAAGAACAAACCAAACAACCUUCUCCCGUCCCGCAAUCUCGAUUAACACAAUGGAAACAGCCGUUAUUACAGGAUCCUUCAGCUGUCACUCAACCUUCAGUCACCAGUAGCAUACCCACCCCAGUGGACUCUAAUCCUCCAACAGUUUCAACGUCUUCACAGUCCACUUCUUCUGUGCUUUCUAGUGUUGUGUCAGCUCCUUCCAUUUCAACUAAUGAAGUCUCUGACCCGUCAGCUCCCAACAGCAACAAUGUGUCUCCACGUACGAGGAUUCCGGAUCCAGUCUCUAGCAGGUGGGUAACAAAAGAUGCGACAAGUGACGAUUCACUUUUUUGCAGAAAAAUGGUUGACGAACGAACUCGUCAAAUUUCCGAGAAGUCCGCAGAAAAAGCCCGACAAGAAAGCGACAGAAUGGAUAGCAAAAAGCAAUCAAGUGAAAAGAUUUGCCAAAAGGAACGAGAGAGACAAGAAAAGGCCGAGACGUGGAAACACUCGCGGAUCGAAGCCAUGAGAGAACGAAGAACACAACACGAGGAAAUGGAGAACAGUUAUGAAAGAGCCGCACAAGAACAGGAGUCGCAAAGACUGAGUGGACUGAAGGAUCGCGAGCAAAGGAGAGUGGAAGCUCACCACGAUCGCUUGGUAACCGAGAGAAGAAUGGGACUAGAUAGGGAAGAUCAGUUGAAACAACGAGAAAUGGAACGUCAGGCUCCUAAACCUGCUAAUGAUUCAAAUGCUUGGAUGAACAGAUCUCUUAAACAACUGCUAGACAUGGGCUUUAAGCAAGACGACGCGGAGAAAGCUCUCAAGGCAAAUCAUAUGAACAUCGAAAGUGCAAUAGGGGACCUCCUUGCUAUGAACAUCAGUGAAAGCAUGGAACAGACUGUACCUGUUCCAGGGGGAAAACUACAGGAACCUGACCCAGCAGAGGCAGCGAGGAUCCAACAACAACAGCAACAAAGUCAGAGUAAACUGAACAGGAAACAGCGAAGGAAACUUCAACAACAGCAGCAACAACAACAAGCUGAACAAAACACUCUUGCGUCAAAAACGGAUCCGAAACAAGGACAAACUGAACUCGUAGUCUCUAAGUCAAUGACUCAAACCAGCGAUACUCCUUCUAAACCAGAUAGUGAGCAACAGAAUAACACUUCAGAAACUCAAUAUGCAUCUAAGACGGAUGAAACACAACAGGACUCUAACUCAAAACCAAGUGCACCAGCAGCAAAAAGUGAUAAACCACCUUUGUCGGUAGCUGGGCCCUCGAAGCCCUCUAAUGGACAAGCUCAGUUGUCAGGAAAUGGUAAAAGAGCAGGCCCACCAUUAAUACCUCCUGCGCCAGGCCCUGGGGUACAGGCACCCUUGAGACCUCCUCUGGCACAUCCUUUACUUCACCCUCAGCUUGUUCAGCAGUUUCAUCUUCAGCAGCUACGGAUGGCUCAAGGAGGACUCCUUCAACCUCCCUUCACUCCUCAACAGUUCGCCAUGUUACAGCAGAUCGCUCAGCUUCAGCUCGUUCAGCAGCGUCUGGCUGCACAAUCUGUUGCCCAGCAACACAUGGGACAGAAACAACAAGUAGUUCCUCAACAGCAGCUGUAUCAACAGCAACAGCAGAUUGCGCUCAUGAUCGCUCAGAUGCAGCAACAAGUUCUACAGCAGCAGCCGGGCCUGGCAGGGAGACAUCCUGCUCUGCCGUUUACUGCAGUGCAGCAACAACAGCAGCAAUCACUCAUCCAGCAACAACAACAACAGCAGCAGUCGUCUCCUACUGCACAACAAAAAGGUAAUAAACCUGCAACGAAUGAGAAGCCAACGAGUGAGCCUGCACAGAAUAAGACAACAGACACUGUUAAAUCUCAGCCAAAUGAACCUUCUAACGUUCCACCAGCAACAACGGAAGAACAAACCAAACAACCUUCUCCCGUCCCGCAAUCUCGAUUAACACAAUGGAAACAGCCGUUAUUACAGGAUCCUUCAGCUGUCACUCAACCUUCAGUCACCAGUAGCAUACCCACCCCAGUGGACUCUAAUCCUCCAACAGUUUCAACGUCUUCACAGUCCACUUCUUCUGUACUUUCUAGUGUUGUGUCAGCUCCUUCCAUUUCAACUAAUGAAGUCUCUGACCCAUCUGCUCCCAACAGCAACAAUGUGUCUCCACGUACGAGGAUUCCGGAUCCAGUCUCUAGCAGGUGGGGUGUGGAUGCGGGUCCCAAGCUAUCUGCUGACCCACCUGAAUUUAAACCAGGUGUCCCGUGGCGUCCCGCUCCAAGAAACGAGAAACGGGACGACGGACGAGACGUCGUUUCUCCUAGUACUGUGGAAGUUUCAAGUCGCACGUCCUCCAGUAGUAGCGAUUCUCAAACAGAUAGUUGGUCGAAUCCAGGCAACCAACCUGUUAGUGCGCCAAGCAGUGCACCUCCUGUGAACACUGGAAAGGUAGCGGAUGAUGCUGUCAGCACCACUGCUAAUUCCGGCUUCUCUGGACUGUCAAUCAAUAACAGUACAUUCGAAUCGAGUGCGAUUGAUUUCGGACGGAGCUCAACUCCUUGGCAAUCAACCGAAAGUAAAACCCCACCCCAACUUCCACAAGGAACAAACAAACUGGCUUCCAAUGCUGCGUCACUGUUAAGACCUCCCCCGGGUCUGGGAACUGAAAAGUCCCUGCCCGAGUCCCCCCUGUUUGACGAUGAACCUCCAGCUUGGUUGAAGAGCUUAAUAGACGGCUCCAGCCUUGCUGGCGACAAAACCCAGCCUGAAUUUCAGUUCAGUCGUUUUGGUUUUGCUAACAAUCCUGCGCCGUGGAGUCCGCGAGAUGCAAGCCCACAGCCCUUUAGUCCCUUGACACCUAAUCCUCAGCCUUGGGCUGCUGUGGGGGGUCCUGCCCCUACAUUAUCAUCCUCAGCGUCAGCAGUGUCCAUGGCAACAAGUGAGAUUGUUCGGAGUGGAAGUGUCAGUGCUGCUGAGCCAUCUAACCUGCAGAAUUCGGGAAUCAUCUGGUCUACAAAUCAACCCAUCCCUAGUGCUGAAGAAAAGUUACCUGGGACUCUCCCUGGGGCAUCUGUUCCUGCUGUAUCCGCAGCCAGCGGUGUUGCACCUUCCAGGAACAUGGUCAAUUCGAUGUCAACGUGGUUGGUUCUCCGCAAUCUGUCACCAAGGAUGGAUCCCAAAGCUCUCCGUCCCCUGUGUGAGAGGCAUGGACCACUACUCACAUUCCAACUGAAUCUCCGUCAUGGCAACAGCUUGAUACGUUACGGCAGCAUGGAGGAAGCUGCCAAGGCGAGGGCGGCACUCAAUGGCUUGAUGAUGAGUGGCACGCAGGUGGUGGCAGACUUCGCUACAGACAGUGACAUCGGCAGUUUCUUUGAGCAAACCAUGGACUGGAGCGCCAACCCAUUUCCUAGCAACACUUACGGAAAUCAAUGGUCUUUCCAGAAUGUCCUUGGAUCCGCAGCAACCAGUGACAGUAUUCAAUCUGCACCUAAAGUACCAGCUGCAAAGAACCAACCACCAGUAACAACCACUGAGCAGCCUGUCCCUAAAAUCAAUAACCCAACACCUGGAAUGCAGUGGGGUGCUGCUGUAGGGGCGUUGCCCCCAAAGGGCCUCGCUCCCGGCGAACAGUCCAAAAUGAACCCGACGACUCCUCAGUGGGGAACCGGCUCGCAAAGCAGCGAGCAGCCUGGUACCAAGCCUAAUACUGGAACCCCCGGCAUGCCUUGGGGUAGUGCUCCGGGAGCCACGCCGGUCCCGUCAUACUUGUGGGGCUCAGGCCCCUCGCAGCAGCCAGCCCUUGGAGGAAAUUUUUCCCAGGUUCCCAGCAUGUGGUCCUUUCCAGCUGGGGUCCCGCGUGACGUGGAGCCUCAGUCAGGAUCUGGGGAUGGGCUGGUUAGUCCUUCCAUGACCACGUUCCUUCCGCCGGGGCUUCUGAAUGGAGGAGGGGACCCGGUUUGACUGGAACCGUGAUAUUGAACUCGGAAUCAUUUAGCAGCGUUAUCGCAUUGUAGUUUUAUCGCUUACUUGUGUAUUUGUUUCGUGUGUUGUGAUGUGCGUGAGUUGGCCCUGAAAAUGGGUCUUAUGUGUUUCUACAUCAAUGUUUCAAUAUUGAUUAAAUCUCCCCAUGCUAUACAAAUAAGUGUCCUUUUUGUUCCUCAAAAAGUGAUCUUCAGGCCUGGUUCAUUCCUUGACGGGUUUUAAGGGAAAAAGCCCUGGUAACGAACUUGAUGGGCCUACAGUCCUAUAAACGUCUGGGAGAUUUGCUUUGGAGUCCGGAAGACUUUCCUCUUCUAGCAGUCUUUCUUCAUCCCUUGAAUCCCCUUUCAAGCAAUCAAACGAUACCUUACGUUCCUAUUUUUGCCAGAUUUUGCCUGUGAUGUCGAUGUUUUUAUUUCUUAUCAGGCCAGAAGCAAAUCCUCCUUCCGAGAUUAAAAGGUCAAAAAUUUAUUCGUGUAUCCGAUGAAGCUUAUAUAAACUAGCGUGUUCCACAAGAUCGUUUCGUUGUAUCGGCCAUACCGUAAAUCCUCGAAUUAGCUCCCGGGGCGCUUAUUUCAAAUUUAGGAGAAUAUGGGAGCCGCUUAUUCGAGAGGGGCGCUUAUUUAAUUUUUCCCAAAUUGUGCCCUGACAUGAUCUUUUUUUUUUAAUACAUCAUCUGCACGUAAACAACAUAAGCUGUUUAUCGACGUAAAAAGCUGAUCCUAAAGUUUAAAUCGGGGCACCAUUAGCAAUUCACGUGGUCACAAACUGAAACAGUGUAUAAAUCUAAUACUACACGACGAAAAC